UACUGGCAGUGAAUUUCAGAACGCAGCCCUUCAGGUAGUUAAUAAUUUUGCCGUUGGCGACCAUCACCCAAGAGAAAUACAUAUUGUACAUACAUAUUGUCGUAAUAAAAAACUCGGUGAUUUCGUGUUAAAGUAUUUUCGUCGAACAUCACAUUAAAAAUUUGCAUUUGACAAGCACGAUUCGAGCGAUAUUUUUGUUGCCGGCACUUCUGGAGUUUUCCGGAUUACGGAUUAUGAGCUGCGCACUUAACCUUUAAUGACAAGUUCACAAAUUAUCAGAUCAUAUAAAGAUGCAAACAAUAAAAUGCGUUGUAGUAGGCGAUGGAGCUGUCGGUAAAACGUGUCUCUUAAUUUCAUAUACAACAAACAAAUUUCCCUCAGAAUAUGUGCCUACUGUCUUUGACAACUAUGCAGUAACUGUGAUGAUAGGAGGUGAUCCCUAUACAUUAGGAUUAUUUGAUACAGCAGGUCAAGAAGAUUAUGACAGAUUGCGUCCUUUAAGCUAUCCUCAGACUGAUGUGUUUCUCGUAUGUUUCUCAGUUGUUUCACCGUCAUCGUUCGAAAAUGUGAAAGAAAAGUGGGUGCCUGAAAUAACACAUCACUGUCAGAGAACUCCGUUUUUACUUGUUGGAACACAAAUCGACUUGAGAGAUGAUGUUGCGACAGUAGAGAAGCUCGCAAAAAACAAACAGAAACCAAUAUCAGCAGAACAGGGAGAGAAACUCGCUAAGGAACUUAAGGCUGUAAAAUAUGUAGAAUGCAGUGCUCUGACCCAGUGUGUGAUGUAACUACACAAUGAAAGAAGCUAUACAUGUAGUACAUGGUCGGUCAUAUUUAUUAACACGUUGUAAGCCCGGAAAAAUAUUCGGCGUGUGCAUUAUCACUGUCAGUUUAUAUAUUGGGUGUGUGAACAUGAGGACAUUGGAACUGAGGACAGAGAACAUGGGAAACCACCAAAAAAAUUUGAAGAUGCUGAAUUGGAAGCAUUAUUGACAGAGGAUUGUUGCCAAACUAUUAAAGGAGAAGUUUACCGACGACAACUAAUGCGUUUGAAGCGAGACAUAGAAGAAAAACGGCCAGAAUGGGUGAAUAGGCACAGCAAAUUAAUUCUUUAGCAUGUUAAUGCCAAACCGCAUACCGCAGAAGUCGUGAAAAGAUAUUUAGAUGGACAGGACUGGGAAGUGCUACUCCAUCCGCCAUAUUCGCCAGACAUAGCUCCUUCAGAUUACUACUUAUUCCGGACGAUGCAGUCAGAUCUUACGGGAGAACGGUCCACUUCAUACGAAAGUAUCAAAAUUUGAUUUGAUAAUUGGAUCAGCUCAAAAGACCAGGACUUCUUCAGGCAAGGAAUAUAUAAAUUACCUGAAAGAUGGGCGAAGGUUGUAGCUGCAGAUGGAGCAUACUUUCAAUAAACUUUUCUUUAAUUUUCUAAAUAAGCAAAUGUAUUUUAUUUUAACAAAAAAGGGCGGAGUCAUAUUCACACACCCAAUAUCAUAGAAACCUUGUUUAUCUAAUUCAUAGUAUAUUUUAAUAUGUGUGCCGAUAUGACCGUAUCAAGCGUGAUUUUUUAUAUAUUCCGAUGAAAAACGAUGAAAAGUAGCUAUUAAUAUAUACGUUAUUGAAUUUGUUAUAUUUUUAUUGUGCAAUCGCUUUAUCUGUUAUUAAAGUGUAAUCAAUUUAAAAAGAAUAUUUUACAUAUCUACCAUGCGAUGUCCAUGUCCUGGAUUAGAAAUGUUACAUGAUAGAAAUGUUACAUGAUAGAAAGCUACAUUAAUAAAAUGCGUGAAAUAAAAUCUGAAUUAUAAUGGUAGAGAAUAAUCCUUGACCAAAUAAGCUGAAUAUUCUUAGUCAUAUAGGCUUAUAUUCUCCAUUAUUUAAAUUUAUAGCGAUUUAAAUUCAUGUCGCGCAUUUUAUCUAUUUAUGUAGCUUUACACCACGCAACAUCUCCAACUCAGACCUAUAGUCAGGACCACGGUUGCCACCUCUAUGCUAGGCUUUGCCCGGAGGUCUAAAGAGCGCGGGAGGGGAAGGCAAGAACAAAUAAAAAUACGUAUCAAAUAUUAAAUUUUCGAAUAUAUUAACAUAUUAAGUUCAAAUUAAACAUCGUGCGAUAAUGAUCAUUAUAAAAUUAAACAUUAUUUAUAUUUUUACUGCAAAAGAAGCGAUAUACGUAGUAGAUGGUUGGUCAUACUUAUUAACGCGUUAUAAGUCCGGAAAAAUAUUCGGCGGUGACAUUAUCACUAUCAGUUUAUACGUCAUAAGAGCCUUGUUUAUCUAAUUCAUAGUAUAUUUUAAUGUAUGCCAAUAUGACCGUAUUAAGCGUAAAUUUUGAUAUAUUUCGAUGAGAAGCGCUUCAUCAGCAGCUAUUAAUAUAUACGUUAUUGAACUAGUUAUAUUUUCAUUGUACAAUUGCUUUAUCUAUUAUUAAAGUAUAAUAAAUGUAAAAAGAAUA